GCCGCUCCGGAACGUCUCCUGCGUCGACAUGGACGCCAAGGCCGAUGGCGACAGCGUCGCGUUGCUCCGGCAUGUCUCCUGCGUGGGCGAGGAUGUCGGGGCAGUCCAGUCGUGCCGAGGCCGUGAUGCGGUGGAGAGCACCAAGGAGAGGAAGGCGCCUCUCAGGCCGGUCGCCCGGACCGUGUUCCGCCGCGUGAGCAAGAAGCCGACCGGCAAGUGUGUGGCGAGGAUCAGGUGCCCUAAGGUGGGAGCUCGGAGGUACCUCGGCGGCUUCAACACCGCCGAGGAGGCCGCCAGAGCCUACAUCGCGUCGGCGGUCAAGCUGCCCGGCGCGGUCGGCCUGAAGAAGUCACGCGCGGCGGGGGAGGUCAGCUUCAAAGGUCAGGCCGGAGGGAAGGCGGCGGCGGCGGCUAAGUCGAGGUCGAGGGCGAGCUCCAUGCCAGCAUUCCACGGCGUGCGCAUCUGGGACCCGGCGCAGCGAGCGAAGCUGUUUCUCGGCGCCUUCGACGCGGCCGAGGAGGCGGACGGAGCGUUCGACGCGGAGGCCGUCAAGCUGCGUGGCGCCAUGGCCAAAACCAACCUGAAGCGGCAGCCCACGGUGAGGAAGAAGGCGGCGACAAGGACGGACGCCGGGACCAAGUUCCGCGGCGUGCACCGGAAGCCCAGCGGCAAGUACGCGGCGCAGAACAGACACGCCGGGGGGAAUUCUCGGUGCCUCGGUCCCUUCAACACCGCCGAGGACGCCGUCAGAGCGUACGAUGCCGCGGCCGUCAAGCUGCAUGGUGUCAAGGCCAUAACCAACUUCAACAACACACCCAUGGCUGCCGCCGUUGACGAUGGCGAGGAGUCGCCCAUGGACCUCAACGACGUCCCGGAGAUGCGUGGCGUGAGGGCCAAAACCAACCUCAACAAACCACCCCUGGUCGCCGGCUCUGCUGAUGACGGCGAGGAGUCGCGCAUGGACCUCGCCCACAGCAACUUCCCGGAGCUGCCGGCGCUCGGCCUCUUCUCGGGCAGCAUCACCGCAGACGCACAGCUCGACGAUAUGUUCGCCGACUUGCCGCCGUUGGAUUUGCAGCAGGUGGGCGAGCUCCUCAAGGACAUGGACUUCGCCAACAUGAUGGCAUGACCCGUGCGUGUUCGUCCGGCGUAGAGCAGAACAGAGACGAAAUGCCGCCGAUUUUGUCAGGGGCUUAGAAUUGAACUGGUGAUCGAAUCCUCCUUUUGUUUGGAUGUUGGGAAAAUUGAAUACUUCAUUCAGCUACAAUGUUGGUUCUAGGUGAUGUUAUGCUUCCCAUGACGAGAGGCCGAACCUUCACAACUGGAUUCUAUGUUAAUGCAACCAAUUGGAUCUCGCUUGGUAA